UCCGCAGCGCAGCGCAUGGAGCCCGGCGGGGACCACCCGAGCCGGAGCGGCGGCGGCGGCGGCGGCGGCGGCGGCGGCAGGGGCGGCCCCGGGCCAGCCGCGGCCUCGGCUCGCGGCCGCCGGCAGCCGCCCGCCGGCCCGAGCGCCGGGCUGGACCCCGAGGAGGACGAUGGCGGGCAAGAUCUGCAGCUGGAAGGGGGUGCCUUGGGGUCCUGGGGGAGUGCCCCGCUGCCCUCCUCCAGGGUCAGGGGCCCCGCAGCUUCAGGCAGGAAGUACUCGGACCACUGUGAGGCCCGGGCCUCCAGGCCUGGCAAGAGCCGCAUCCCCGGCCGCGACCACCGGCGCUACUACCACGAACACUGGCGGCUGGAGUACCUGAUGGACUUCAACCCUGCCCGGCACGGCAUGGUGUGCAUGGUGUGCGGGAGCUCCCUGGCCACGCUCAAGCUCAGCACCAUCAAGAGGCACAUCCGCCAGAAGCACCCCUACUCCCUGCACUGGAGCCCCCGGGAGAAGGAGGUCAUCAGCAACAGCUGGGACGCCCACCUGGGGCUGGGGGCCUGUGGCGAGGCCGAGGGCCUGGGGGCCCAGGGGGCAGAGGACGAGGAGGAGGAAGAGGAGGACGAGGAGGGGGCGAGCUUCCAAGCUUGCCCAUCCAAAGGGCCAGACGAUGACCUCGUCCCCCAGGACCUGACCAGACAGAGCCGGGAGCCCGCCCCCGCUGCCGCGGCCCCCUCCCCUCAGGAUCUCAGCCCCCCAGACGUAAAGGAAGAGGCUGGCUGGGGGCCUGAGAGGCCCGAGCCUGCAGAGGAGGACGAGGAGGGCGAGAGGGUGGAGGGCCAGGGCCGGCCGCCGCCGCCGCCGCCGCGGGGCCGCGACCACCGCCACCACUACCAGGAGCGCUGGCGGCUGGACUACCUGAUGGAGCUGGACGGCGGCCGGCGCGGGCUGGUGUGCAUGGUGUGCGGGGGCGCGCUGGCCUCGCUCAAGAUGAGCACCAUCAAGCGGCACAUCCGCCAGCGCCACCCGGGCUCCACGCGCCUCAGCGGGCCCGUCAAGGCCCUCGUCGCCCAGGAGUGGAGCGAGAAGGCCGCCCGCCUGCUGGCCCUGGGGCUGCCCAGCACGGCCGCAGCCUCGGAGGAGUGGGGAGGGCCGGAGGAGGAGGAGGAGGAGGAGGAGGAGGAGGAGUGGGGCGCCGGCCCGCUGUCCCCCGGGGAGCCCUCGGAGCGGCCCGCCGAGGACGAGGACGAGGAGGACGACGGCCCCGAGCCGGGGGUCCUGGCCUUCCCGCACCUGCCGCCGCCGCCGCCGCCGCCCCCACCGCCUCCGCCGCCUCCGCCCCCGCCGCCGCCCCGCAGCCGAGAGCAGCGGCGGAACUACCAGCCGCGCUGGCGGGGCGAGUACCUGAUGGACUACGACGGCAGCCGGCGCGGCCUGGUGUGCAUGGUGUGCGGGGGCGCGCUGGCCACGCUCAAGGUGAGCACCAUCAAGCGGCACAUCCUGCAGGUGCACCCCUUCUCCAUGGACUUCUCGCCCGAGGAGCGCCAGACCAUCCUGGAGGCCUACGAGGAGGCCGCGCUGCGCUGCUACGGCCACGAGGGCUUCGGGCCCCCCGCCCCGGCGCCGCGAGACGGCGCCGCCGACCUCAAGGCCGCGUGUCGGGCGUAGCCGGGCCCGCGCCCCCCCGCCGCGCGGCCGCCGCCCCCCACUCCCCCCCCCCCGCUGGCCGGGCCGGCGCAGGAGGAAGCGGCUCAGC